UUUGCAAAAAUGAUUCCACCUGCAAAACAUGCACUUCCGACUGCUUCGGUUUUGCCUCCAAUCGAAGAAGACUUGUCACAGGCGCUUCCCACUAGAAAUCUAACAUCCGAGAAAGUGAUUCCACAGUCUGCAGAUUCGACUUCUCCUGCAAAUGAAGAGCUUCCAUUGACUUCCAUUUCACCUAGAAUAGAAAAACUGUUAUCACUGCCAUCUCGUCGCUCAGAGAGAAUUCGUAAUCCACCCGACUAUCUGAAGGACUUUGUGUGUAACAUAGCUACUAUUCGACCGCCCCGCUCCAUCUCACCAGCUCAUUCGUCCUCCCCGAAUUCUGAUGUUGAACCCAGGUCAUAUAAAGAAGCUUUUCAAGAUUCACGUUGGCGUAUUGCCAUGAAUGAAGAAAUUUGUGCAUUGGAAUUGAAUAAAAUGUGGACGAUUGAGCCAAUCCCUUCUGAUAAGAAACCCAUUGGAUGCAAAUGGGUCUUCAAAAUAAAGAGAAAUGCAGAUGGGAGUGUCGAGCGAUUCAAAGCACGUCUUGUUGCAAAAGGAUUUACUCAAGUCGAAGAGAUCGAUUUCACUGAGACAUUCGUUCCAGUAGUGAAACUUGUCACAGACGAGUACUUCUAUCUAUAACUGUUGCUCACAAUUAGGAAAUGCACCAAUUGGAUGUUCAUAACGCCUUUCUACAUGGUGAUUUAACUGAGGAAGUUUACACGCGCAUGCCAUCGGGUUUUUCUUCUCGGCGUCCAGGAUAUGCAUGUCGUCUACGUAAAUCUCUUUACUUCCUACAACAAGCAUCUAGAAAUUGGUUCUCCAAAUUUGAGACUGCACUUCGCAAUUAUGGACUUGCUCAAUCCGGCGCCGAUCACUCAUUAUUUACUCUGCAAAAGGAUGAGAAUUUUCUUGCGGAUCUCGUAUAUGUUGACGACUUAAUCAUUGUCGGCAAUAACUCGGAGUUCUGUGCUUCACUCAAGAGACAACUAGCCACACAUUUCCGUAUUAAGGAUUUAGGUCCUUUGUACUAUUUUCUUGGAAUUGAAGUUACUCGAAUGAACAAAGGAUUAUUCCUUAAUCA